AUGGAUAUGCAUUCGGCGGAGAUGAUGAACUUGGACGCAAAGGGGGGUGGAGAUAAGAUCCGACUCGGCGAUAGGUUGUACUUCCUACUCCGCACCGGGACUGAGGACUCUGGAGGUAAACUAGCUGAGACCGCUCCUACCUACCUACCUACCGACCUAGGUAAUUAUAAUUAUACUAGCUACAAGUAA